ACACCCUUCAAAUAGUGUACACACAUUGCACAGUCCCAAGAAGGAUUAUGCAGUCAAGAUUCACCUAAUUCCGCUGGUUACAAAUAUUUAACAUCACCGAAAAAUAAAAAUUAAAUAAAUAAAUAAAAAAUCCAGCCAUUUUUGACUUUCACUGCCAUCACAUUUCUUCGUUUCUCAGAUAUAUAAACCCCACACUUCUCGAGCUACAUAAAAUUUUUCUUUUUUAGCUUUUUUCUUUAUUCAAUUGUAUUUAUUGAUUUCGCUACUUCUUCUUCCUACCUCUUCCCCCUUUUUCUUGUAAAAAAAAUUCAAGAUUUCCUUCGAUUUUGUCGAUCUUCUUCCAUCUUACAACAAUCAGUGUACUGAUCUCGAGUUUCCGAGUUAACUGGGAAUGAUCCACGAGUUCGCUCAUGGCUAAAGAUUGGAUUUUUAACCAAAUGGGGUUGCAAAAUCUGCGCGCAAGAAAAUAGAUACAUACAUAUAUAGAUACAGAUAUAGAUAUAGAGAGGGAAUUUCGAGGUGGGUUCGUUGUAUUGAGUUGAUAUGGGUGGGUGUUUCCCCUGCUUCAGAUCAUCAAGUACUGAAGGAAUUAGUAACAGUAACAAUGGCGUGAAGGAAGUAUCUAGAAAGGAAUCUUUUAAAGAAGGUUCUGCUGCUAAUUCUAAUAGCAAUGUCAGUAGGUUGAGCUCAGAGAAAUCGAGAGCUCGAAAUAGUAGUGAUUCUAAAAAAGAAAUAGGUAUUCCGAAAGAGCCGACUGCCCACAUCGCUGCACAAACGUUUACAUUUCGCGAACUUGCUGCAGCAACAAAGAACUUUCGACCAGAAUCCUUACUCGGUGAAGGUGGUUUUGGUCGAGUCUACAAAGGCCGUCUUGAAAGCACCGGACAGGUGGUUGCGGUUAAGCAACUUGACAGAAAUGGGCUUCAAGGGAAUAGAGAAUUUCUAGUGGAGGUUCUCAUGCUAAGCUUAUUGCAUCAUCCAAAUCUCGUUAAUUUGAUUGGAUAUUGUGCUGACGGGGAUCAACGUUUGCUUGUGUAUGAGUAUAUGCCUUUGGGAUCUCUAGAAGACCAUUUACACGAUCGUCCACCGGAUAAAGAGCCUUUAGACUGGAACACGAGAAUGAAGAUAGCUGCUGGAGCAGCAAAGGGAUUAGAAUAUCUGCACGACAAAGCAAAUCCACCUGUCAUAUACAGGGAUUUAAAAUCUUCCAAUAUCCUUCUCGACGAGGAAUAUUCCCCUAAAUUAUCCGAUUUCGGUCUUGCAAAACUGGGUCCCGUUGGGGAUAAAACACACGUCUCUACUAGGGUUAUGGGUACUUACGGAUAUUGUGCUCCGGAAUAUGCCAUGACCGGUCAACUCACUUUGAAAUCCGAUGUUUACAGUUUCGGAGUUGUCUUCCUCGAACUCAUCACCGGUCGAAAGGCUAUUGAUAAUACUCGUGAAGCAGGGGAGCAUAAUCUCGUUGCAUGGGCACGGCCACUUUUCAAGGAUCGAAGGAAGUUUCCGAAAAUGGCGGAUCCACUACUAAAAGGCCACUACCCAAUGCGUGGACUAUAUCAAGCACUCGCAGUGGCGGCAAUGUGCUUGCAAGAGCAAGCCGCCACAAGGCCUCUAAUAGGAGACGUUGUGACCGCUUUGUCCUAUCUAGCGUCGCAAAUUUACGAUCCAAACGCCCCACAGAGCAACAAAGCCGGUGGUCCACCUACACCUCGGCACAGAGACGGACGGAGGAACACGUCCGAAGGAACGGACGGCUUGGAUGAUGAUUCCCAACGUGGGUCCCCUUCGAUUCACAAGAAUUCGCCCGAUUCAAGGAAGAGAGGUUCCGGGAGGGAGUUUGGCGAGUUGCGGAAGGUCGAAACCGGAGGUGGGUCCCGCAGUAAGUGGGGUUCGGAGGAAUCGGAGAGGCCCGAUUCUCAGAGGGAUAGCCCGGCUAGUGCGGGGAGAGGGAGAGAGGCUUUGAGGAACAGGGAUCUAGAGAGAGAAAGGGCGGUGGCUUUAGCAAAGGUGUGGGGUGAGAAUUGGAGAGAGAGAAAGAGGACGAACGGUGCUGGCAGCUUUGAUGGCACAAACGAAUGAUGUAAGUAUCGAUGUCUCUAGCUGAGGGAAAAUAGUCUUGUAAUUCGUCGAAAACGAAAGGAAGAAUGAAAGGUUAUUCUGGGUAAUCAUUUGCUUAUUAUAUUGGAGAAAAGUUGUAAGCAAAAUGUUAAUCUAUGUAUGUAGGUUUUUGUUGGAACAUGGGGAAGAGAAAUUGGGAAAAGUAUAUCUGAAAUUUUGGCUCCAAAUUUUCUGCAUGAA